AUGACCAAUAAACUCAGAAAGCCCUCACCCCCAUCGCCCCACAUCCCGGCGUGUGAACGCAGACCCGGGGCCGCUCCUGGGCCUCCCGGGGUCUCACCGACAACGUGGCGGAGGCCACAACAGGCCGCUGCUCUCCACCCGUUCAGAGCUUGGAAGCCUCGGACCUGGCCCGGCCGCGGCUGGAGCCUCACCAGGCUCAGGGUGGCCGCGUGCUCCUGCCCGGCGGCCCGGCCAUCGGAGGUGAGGCGGCCUGGCGGCCCGAGCCCUCCGAACCUCCAGCAAAGGCGAUGCCGACCGAGAGCGGAGCCUAGAAAGGCCGCGUCGUCGUCCCACAAUGCUUUUCUACGACUGGAAGGACCCACUGCUCGAGGGGCGCGGGGAGGACGGACUGUACCAUCGGCCGCCGCGCCUAGCGAGACGCCGCCUUGUGGCCGGAGGGCGAAGUGCCCAGUGAUUGGCCGAGGGGCGGAGCCGCACGGGGCAUGUUCGGAGGAGCGCGGGUUCGCGCCUUGAGCGCUGGUGGAGUCGAGCGAGCGAGUCUUUCCGCGCAGCGGGAGGUUUUAUGCGGUGUGGAUACCCAGCCACCCCUCUUCCCAGUGUCAAGAGCACACGGUCAGCGCUGAGCUGCGGGUGUAGCCCAAAGGACUUGAGACCUCGUGUUCUGAGGGAGGACAGACAGAGCUCACCGCCUUCAGCUGAGGAAGAAUUUGCCUGUUCUGGACAUUUCAUG